AUGGGUUGCUUUCCAUCAGCAGAAGCUCUUGACUUUGAUACAAUACAACCACUUGUAUUACGAACGACUGGUGGUGUAGCUACAUACAGUGGUACUACCGAACGAGGUCGAUGUCAAACGUUAGGUAAUGCAGAAAUGGCAUUGAGUGAAGAUUGUUUUUAUUCACAAGUAUUGGGUGGUGGAUGUUGUGGAGAUCAAGGAUUAUUACGAAUACCAAUUUUAUCAGUUAGAGAUAUACGACAACAAGCUUAUUUCAAUGGACGUUAUCGUGCAGAUCAUCCUCAUAUGGUAAUAACUUAUGUUGUAACUGAUACAAAAGGAUCUCAUGAAUAUCAAGCUGGUUGGCAAAUGAAUGAAGUUGCCUAUAAACAAUGGAAAACAGCUAUCGAACAAUUAAGAGAUCGACAUCCAUCAUCUGAACUGGCAUAG